AUGACCAUGUGGUUCACUUUCACAGUUUUCGUGAUCGCCUUCUUGACAUGUACUUCAGCCGAAGAUAAUAGUAAAAACAGUGAUAAAAAUAAUGUCAAAACAUCAUUAGCAAUGGACUGUGAUAAUACGUUUUCGGUGACUUGCUUAAAGUUAAAUCUCGUUGGGUGGGUAGAUAAACUUGACAAAAAUGAAAAUUAUAGUGUACUUCCUGGAAUUACAAUAGUGCGCGAAAAUACUAGUACUACUAUUAACAAUGUGCAAAUUGCUGCAGAUCUGGCAAGAGAAUUUCCCAAUGAUCCAGAAGCUAGAAUUGAUGCUUUUCUUUUAAAUAAAGUACAGGAAUUCCUCAACAGUCAUUCACUAAAACUGAAUUUUGCUGCUGAAGAAAGUAACGAGGAGAACGCCGUAACUAGCCGAAAGAAGUCAGGAAAAGGCGGUGGUAUAGGAAUAUUGUUAGCAGCUGGUGCCAUGAUGAAAAGUACUCUAGUGGCUAUAGGGUUAGCAGCUUUAGCCGCCAUUGCUAAAAAAGCUUUAAUAACCAGUGUUAUUGCUCUUGUGCUAUCAGUUAUAAUUGGUCUCAAAGCUUUAACUUCGGGCCAUUCAAAAACCACUUAUGAAGUAGUGUCUAGACCAGUGUAUACCCAUUCAAGCUCACAUUCAUCCGCACAUGAGGAUUACCACCAUGGAGGUCACUCCGAUUAUGGUAGAAGUUUUGACACUAUGCCGUUACCACUUGCGUUACAGCCUGGAUACAGGCCAGCUUAA